AUGGACAACACAAAAUCAUGGAAAUUGUUUUUUCGUGAACAUUUCAUUGUCUAUAAUCCCGGUAACACGCGAAGUGUUUAUUUUGAUUUCAAUGUUGUUAAUUCUUUCUUUCUUUCUUUCUUUCUUUCUUUCUUUUUGACGCUUUCUUUCUUUUCUUCUUUCUUCGACUCUUUCUUUCUUUCUUCAACUCUUUCUUUCUUCGACUCUUUCUUCGACUCUUUCUUUCUUCGAUACUUUCUUUCUUUCAUGCUUUUUUCGUCAAUGAUUCCUUUCCGUAUCGCUUUCUUUCUCUAUUUCUUUCUCUCUUUCCUUCUUUCUUUUUCUUCCAGUAGAUUCAUUUAUUCAUUGUUUUUGUUACCAUACUUUCAUUUAUUCAUUUAUUUAUUUUUCCACGCUUCCUUCAUUUUUCCACGCUUUCUUUCUUUCUUUCUUUCUUUCUUUCUUUCUUUCUUUCUUUCUUUCUUUCUUUCUUUCUUUCUUUCUUUCUUUCUUUCUUUCUUUCUUUGCUUACGGCCCUAUCACGUUUAA